UUUAAAGUGCGUCGCUCCUUCGUAAUUGUUUAAUUGAUUGAAAGCCACUGGCUGAAUUGAGUCGAAUGAAGCGAUAAAUCAGCGUGCAGAAAGUCUAAUUACAUUGUUGUGUGGAUUUUUUUGUUCGUCUGUACGUUUCUAGGUUGAAGUGAUUAAAACGCCUUAUUUGUGGAUUAUCUGUGUUGUUAAAACAGUUUGUUUAAUUUGUGCAUGAAUUUAUCCGAUUCAGCACCUGUAAUUCUGGUCGAAGAAAUUGCCUGUUCACCAAAAAUUAUUAUAUUCAUUUCAAUGCUGAUUUUCUGUUUUGCUGUUUCAUCGUUUCACAAUCGCUGCGCCGUGUAUCGAUUUCACUGGCUCUUGCUCUUUCGCACACACCACCUAUUUAUACUUUGUACUAUCUAUGCAUUUGUAUGGACUCCUAUGUGACAUCUUUUUUUUCCGUUCUGUACCGCUGGCGGAAAAGUCAAGUGCAAACGACGAUUCACAUGGUUUCAGUGUUUCGGAAAAUCGCGCGUUCAGCCGCAGUGUGCAUGCUGUUCGCAAUUUGUUCAAACGGGGGAGGUGCAGACACACUCAAACACGCGAAUUCCAUCACACAUACAAAACAGAAACGAACGACAAAAGCAAUAUACACUUUAUUUUCUUUCAUCAUAUCGUAUGCAUUACAAUCAAACGUGAAUAACUGAGAAGACUGAUUUUUUUUCGAAUUGAAGCACGGAAGUUAGUUGUGACAGCUAACAGUGAUCUAGUGCAAUUUUAGACAGUGGUACAAGCUACUGCUACUUUUUCUUUGUGAAUAUACAAAAACAAGUCGGAGAAGAUGUCGCAAGUCAGCCGAUCAUUGAAAAAUUUGGAGGCACCGCGACCAUUGAAAUCAAACAAUGCCAACCGACAAACACACCACACAACGCCUGCAUACGAAUUGCAAACGAUCGAGGAACUAAUAACAUUAGUGGAAAAUGUUGCCGAUUCAGUGUCCAUCGGUCAAUGCAAUCCGGACAGCAUGGCAUUGUUGUUAUCGAAUUUACGCAUCCUUGGCCCACAAUUGGAAGAAUAUUCGAAAUCCACAUUGGACCAAGCAUACGUGAAAUUUCGGAAUGCAUCACAGGAUGAGCGUUUGAGUAUAAUAACGCGAAUGAAUUUGUUGGAAUUGAUUGAAUUGCGUGCUAAAAAUUGGCAUGUGUCAGACGGUCUCAACACAUACUAUAAACACAAAGUGUCCGAUGUUCAGCCUGAGAACAUAAUGGUGGCACCAGUGUUGCAAGACAUUUCCUUGUUAGACACCUCCCCCUCGUCUGUGUUGACACACAACAUCUUGAAUCCGGGCGAAGUGAUCCGAACAUCUGGAAAAUUCGUCAAACCGACGAAGAUCCCUGGCAAAAAUUACACCAAGGACGAAGUGGUCAUCCGCAAUGCUGACUCUGGAAAGGUUAACCCUGGUGCCAAAGAACGAUUGGUUCAAAUCACCGGACCCAAUGAAGAGAAAAUCAUCUACGCAAAACAUUUGAUCGAAGAUACAAUUCGCCGUAAUGCUUCGCCCGUUCGCUUGGAUGAAACGGCUUCAGGCGUUGUUGGUGCUGGUUCAUGCAGUUCACUGACUUCGUCCAACUCCGAUGAAACACAGAUACGCGUCAAUCGCAGCUCAGUUGCCGGCAUGCCAUCGGCAAGUGGUUACACACAUGUGGCUGGCAAUCAAAAGGUUCGUGGUGCAGCUGGCAACGUUCUACUGCACAGUCUGUCGACAAAUGAUGCAUCGGUUGGCGAGUAUAAAUUCACGGUGAACGUUGGCCAUCACAGCAUCAAAAUUACCGGCGAUUCCCUCGAUCUGGUCCGAAUUUCAAAGCUUGUUCUGGAUGAAUACUUCACAAGCACCGAAUUUAUAUCGGGUGUUGAGGCCGGUGCUGAAUUUGGUCUAAUGAAUUCAUCGUCAACUGCUUCGGUAACAACGCCAACUACAGUAAUUCCUCUGUCGCAUCAACUAAAUUCGACAUCCCCGUUCGGUGACAGCGGUGUUGACUUGAAUCAGUACAGCAAUUAUCAUGCAAGUAUUGACAACGAAGAUGAGGUAUUCAUCGUAGAAAAGAACGAUGUAACUCAGAACAAUACAGAUGCAACGAAGCCCAUCCCAACCAAUGGAUUGACACGAUCGCGUCGUAGUCACUUUUCGCUGGCCGACACCAAAAUGGAUUCGUUGAAGGAGAUUGUGCCGAAGAGGAAAUCGGACGUACACGUUUCAUACGAUAAUGAUCGUUUGAAAUUAAUGGCCACGUUCCAUCAUUCGCAUCAAUUUCCCCAUGACUGGUUGAAAAUCUGCGAACUCUAUCCAAACAUCGUACGCAAUAAGGUACGUGACACUGAUGACAAGAACAACAACGAUUUCAAUCAGAACAACGUUACCAAUAACAAAUUCCAUGCUAAGUCUAACCACUCGAUGCGACGCAGCGUCUCAGUAACCCAAUAGACUUGCUGUCACUGAGAUAUUGCAAAAAAACAACAACAACAACAACAUUAAAAAAGGAACUCGAAGUGUUUAAAUCACAUUCCAAACAAACAACGACUUCCAAAGAACGAAGUAUCGUUACAUGAAUCAAAAAACGAAUCAUGCAUUUUUUUUUAUAUGAAAGACUAACGAUUUGAACAGAAAAAAAACCAGAAAAAUCAACAUAUUCUAAUACACGAAAUCGAAUUUGAUAAACAAAAUGCAAUUGAUAAAUGAAAUGACAUGAUGUUUUCUAAAUUUUCACUUCAUCAAAAGAAAGAGAAAAAAUCAAAUGAAAUUAAGAAAAAAAAAUCAUAUUUCUCGCGUGAACAAAGAAAAAACAAACACAUUGUGACAUCUCACAGUCACAGUAGACCGUUUUGUUAUAGCCUCUCACUUUCAUGCAUUCAACCCAAAUAAGUAUUUUACUCAAAGUCAAUGUAAUUCGAGUUGAGUAUUCCGUCGAUAAAAAAACGAACGUUCUUUACUCCCGAAUUUCCUUAAAAACUGUGAUAAAGUUUAAAAAAAGAAAAAAACAAAUUUUCCGGAUAGAUAUUUUGGCCUUGAAACUAAUCGAAAUUGUAGAAAAAAAAUUAAUUUCAAAAUUUGUUGGCAAAAAUAAAAAUCAGGUUUCGAGACAUUUCGAGACAAAAAAAAGCAAUGCGAUUAUUUAAACCAGAAAUUAUUUAAAAAAUCAAAGAGCAACAAAAAUUGAUAUUUUUCGAAUCAUAAUUAUUAUAAUCUGAGUAUUUAAUGACCAAAACGUUUUUUCCCUAAUUUAUUGUUUUCAUUUUUUGUUGAUUUAAACGUGGGCAAAAGAAAUAUUGAAGCUACAAUCGAAGCAGGCAGCUACUUUUCGCCCCAUUAUUAUUCAAUUAUCCUCCUUAUUUAUUUUGCUAAACACUCGAAAAUGGGAAAAAAGCAACAAGAAAAAAUUACAAAGUCUAACCAAAAAAAAAAUUAUUUAUUUAGUUUUUAUUUUCGCUAUAUUUCUACGAGUCUACACAUCACUAACAUUAAUAACAUUGUAUUUAACAACAAAAAAAGAAUGAAAAGAAAUAAAAUCAUCAUCUGAACGAUUUGCGAAAUCAAAACCAACUAA